ACAGUGCCUUUGAGAGCAGAUAAACAGACUCAAAGAACAACGAAUAAAGAACGCAAACUGCUACAGAUCAUUAUCUGCACAUUAUCUGCACGUUUAAUUGUGCAAACUAAGGACAAUCAAUAUUGGAUAUAAUGGAAUUGCUCUUCUCAUAAUUAUAUUUAAUUGAAAAGCUAAAUAUACAACCAACAGUAAAGUAAAUAAAUGGGAAGUCAAGACAAUAAGGAUAUUUCAAGAAGAAGGGUUCACAUUUUCUCCCUGUGAUUGUUAUAUAAUCAACGUGCCUCUGAUGGACACCGAUGGGGAUUGAGCUGCGUUUAACCUGGAAAAGUGUAAAGGAAUGCAACUUUUAAGUUGGGUAAGCAGUCCUAGUGCACCCUUUUUGAAGGGUUUUCUUCAACGCUCGAUGAAGUGUCAAAAAAGUGUCGAGGAAUGGAGCGCGCCAGUCAGUUGAAGCCAACGUCUUUUAUUUAUGUAGAGUUCUGGAAUAUGUCAACCAAUGAUACCAAUGUCAAUUUAACGACAAGAGUGGAGGAGAAGGAUAGUUUGACUUUCCAAGCUGGUUUAGCAGUUACAUUAUCCCUGAUUACUUUUGCAACAACAUUAUCAAAUGCAUUUGUUAUUGCUACUAUUUAUCAAUCCAGAAAACUGCAUACGCCUGCAAACUUUCUGAUAGCAUCGCUCGCCCUGACAGACCUUCUGGUGUCGGUAUUGGUGAUGCCAAUCAGCGCGCUAUACACGGUGAGUCAAACAUGGACUUUGGGCCAAGUUAUGUGCGACAUAUGGUUGUCUUCAGACAUUACGUGCUGUACCGCAUCCAUUCUUCAUCUGUGCAUAAUUGCUCUGGACCGUUACUGGGCAAUAACAGACGCGGUUGAGUACACCAAGAAGCGCACACCAGCGCGCGCUGCGGGGAUGAUCGUCACUGCCUGGGUGAUUGCCAUCUCCAUCUCACUGCCGCCCUUCUUUUGGCGUCAGGUGAAAGCGGAGGAAGUUACCACUUGCAAUGUGAACACUGAUCACAUUUUCUACACAAUUUAUUCCACUUUUGGAGCCUUCUAUAUUCCCACGUUGUUACUCAUAGCCCUUUACGGUAGGAUCUACGUGGAAGCCCGAAAGAGGAUCUUGAAACAGUCGUCUAAUAAUAAACCGGGGAAAAGACUCACCUCUGCCCAUUUGAUAACAAACUCGCCAGGUACAAACUCUGUGGCAUCCACCGCCUCUCUAAAUUACGGGACGAACGAAAUAUCUUCUUGUGACGCUAAUAGCUCACCUGCCAAUGUAAACCAUGUGAAAGUCACUGUAUCCGACGCGCUCCUGGAGAAGAAGAGGAUCUCAGCUGCCAGGGAAAGAAAGGCGACUAAAACGUUAGGGAUCAUUCUUGGAGCUUACAUCAUAUGCUGGCUACCGUUUUUCAUUUACACCUUAGUGGUUUCAGUCUGUGCCUCAUGUUUAUAUCCAGAAUUAUUUGACAUAUUUACUUGGUUGGGUUACCUUAACUCUUUAAUAAACCCCAUCAUAUACACCAUGUCCAAUGAGGAUUUCAAAAAGGCUUUCCACAAACUAAUACGCUUUAGAUAUUGCAGGUCCUGAAAAUAGGCUACCAGACAAAAAAGGCUGCCAAAACCAUUACAUUUUGUUCAGCUAUGUCAAACUGCACCUCGCCAAUAAUUGCAACAUGUUAACUCUCAUUCAUCAUCAACCUGUAAACAGCAGUAUUGUAUCUUGCAUGAUUUCGAAACGCCUAGCAACAGUAUUAUUUUAAUUACAUUAUAGCCUUCAGAGGCAUACAGUACAUGGCCUGCAGUCAUAUUCUGGAAACUUGAUUAUUUAGCAAAACAAGAAUGUAUUGAUCUAUCACUGCUAGCGACAUUAUUAUACUAAAUAUAUUAUAGCCUACUUCAUAGGCAUACAGUACACGGCCUGCAGUCAUAUUCUGGAAACGUUAUUAUUUUGCAAAACAAGAAUGUAUUGAUCUAUCACUGCCAUUAUUGAACAAUCUAUCCAGAAACCAUAGACUAUAAUCUCUGAUGCCUUCCUUAUGAUUGGCAGUCAUGAGAUUAACACCCACCCUAAACAAUUAAUAUUCCAACCUAAACCAACAUUUCGAUACAUUUUUUUCCAUUAUUGAUAUGAAAGGUUAAUAUUAAGGAGUAUGUGUUGGAAAUCAGUAGACUUUGCCAUGGAAUCAUGUAGCUUGUUCUGGGGGGCAGAAUGUCUGAACAGACACAGUGGGAAUAGAGAGGCUUGAUAUAACGUUUAAUAUUUAAACAUGGAUGGAAAGCCUGCUGUAUGACCAACGCUGUAUGACACACAGAGUUACUGUAGGCUAACUGGUAUGAGGAAAUUAUAAGCACAAGGUUCUGAGCCCUCUAGGAGGGCCCCUCCCCCUUAGAAAGAAAUAGGGUAUGUCCCAAUAAGAACUCCUUUCUCCUGAAGUGUACACUCAUUCAUCCCACGGGGGGCCAGUAUGA